UUCACUUUUAUUCAUUUAAAAUUAGAAAUUUCAUCUCAACGUCAUCUAUCCCUGCGGAAUGCGAACUUUUGGACGGAGUUGUUGUGGAAUCUACGCGAUCUGAAAGUGGUGAAGCGAUUUUUACCUGCACGGGACCUUUUUUGGUGUCUUUGAGAUGAUCUGAGAUGGAUGUCUCGAGAAGUGCGUGGUUAUGUUGAAGCUGUUUUUAACAGCCUUGCUGCCAAUGUUCCCAAAGUAGUUGUUAUUUGCCAAGUCGAGAAAGCUAAAGACAACAUGCAUUGCUUGAUCAGUUAUAUAGAGUUCGAUCAGGUUAGUGCUGUCUGUUUUUGCCUUAUUGUCUGAUAUCUCUUUUGCGAGAGCCUUGUUUAAUUUAAUUUGUGCAUUAGUGUAAUUGCUUACUUCCUGAUUUUAUGUCUUUUACUACUAAGGUACAUAUUGAAGUUAUUGCAAGCUAGAAAUCUCAUAAAACAUGCAAUUAUAUGUCCAUUUCACUUUGUGUUGCUAUGUAGUGAUUUUCAAUAUUCCAUUCUUAAUGUAGAGAUUAGUGUCUGUUAGGAUUUAAUAUGUUAAAUUUAGACAUGAUUCAAACCCGGUUCAGGUCAUGGCUCAACCCGUCAGAGGUUGAAGAUGAACCCCCAUUCACUACUUUAAACCAUCCCAUUACCCCAUAGUUACCGUUCGACAAGUCGCUCUCAAAAACAGAAAAUUCUUACAAGUUACUUUAUCUUUAAAAAAUUUCAAAACUUUAAUUUUUUCAACGGUCAAGAUAGUACAAACAUUAUUUUGUGAUGCACAACCUAAUGCAAUUAUGUGUGGAAAUUUUUCUUCACCUUAAAAGUUCAAAAAGCACAUAUAUAUCACAAAUGUUCGUUAUUUUUCAUUAAAUUUUGAGGGACAAUGAAAAUUUUGAAGAGUUUUUCUUAAAUUUUCAUUAACGCGUUAACAUCUAUUAUCUGGAUUUCACUAUAAUUAUGCCAAAGUAAAUGGGAAAAUUAAAGAACCUUGAAGUAAUAUUCGAUAGUUAAGAGAGUUUAAUCUUUACAGAAAAUUAACAAUUUUAGAGCCAUUGGAGAUUUUACACCAAUCUGAAAAUAGUGAUAAGUCACAUAAAGUAAAGGAAGUGCUUGAGAAAUUAGAACCUUCCGAACAUUUGAAAAAACUGUCAAAUAAGAGUUAUGAUUGAACACUUUUUCUACUGGUUAGGAGACAAAUUUAAAUAAGAUUUAUGAUAGAACACUUUUUCCAUUGGUUAGGAGAAUUAUCAAUCAAGUAUUGUUGUAUCCUUGUUGAACAACAUUUGAAACUACGUUUCUUGUGUUCUAUACAUCCCUCAAGCAUUUGUGGAUUAUAUGUUGACAAGAGCCAACACGCAAAAAAUUAUGGAGAAUUAUGAACAAGAUCAAGUUGUUAUUAGAGAAGAGAUUGACCAGGUGAAAGGUAAAGUUGAUGUGCUCCUAGAAGCCAUCCAAGCAAUCUAUCGUCAUUCUCAAACAUAAAACCCAAAGAAGUUGUUGGGCCAAAAUUCUCAUGACAAAGACUGCUUACCAACUUGUUGUUUUGUAGAACUUUAAUUUUUGAUGAAGCGUUGAAGUGACUGCCCCUGCUUCAUGAAUCCAUGGGCGACCUAGCAGACGUAUGUUGCUUGGAUAUCCAUUACUUGGAAGGUGAUUUGCAUCCAACAAUUCUUUUAGUUGUAUCAACUUUUGGGGCACUUGAGGAGCAAGUUUGGGUUGCAUCUUUCAUCCUCUAAUUAUCUGUUCCUCAUUCAUCAUUCAGUAGAACGCAAUCAAUAUGUAACACAGGGUAAACAAAGUAACACAAAGCAAAGUAACACGAAAAUUAAAAUAAACCAUAAAUGACUAGAAACAAAAAUUGAAAACAAAUAAAUAAAAGAACCCCCCACUUGAACUAAACAUUAACCUCAAUGUCUUAGCACGAACACGAGGAGAACUCACAGCGCCUACUAAGGAGGAGGAAAAUACAACAUCAUACAUCUCAUUCAUCAUCUGCCUUGCCUUGUCUGCUUCACUCCUUGUCGAGCUCUCUUCGUGCGGAGAUGACUGGUCACAACAUCAACCUACCCCAAUUAAUUUGGAGGCAUGUAGGAGGACCCUGAAGCAUGCUGGGUCGAAUUAUGGAGGGGUACAUACUGAUCCUAAGCUUGUUGCUCUUCUUCCUCAUCUGCACCUGCAACAAAAUCAUCAUCCAUAUAAACGUCCCCUUCUUCUAGGACAGUGUUCUCAUAUAAUCAAUUAGCAGGAUUAGAAAUACAAAUAAGGUCAGGAAGGCAAGAAUUUGCUAUUAGAACAUGAAAUGUUCUGAUCAAUAUUUCUAGUUUUGAUGAUAACAUUAUAUAUGAAUUUUGUAGAAGACAAUGUGGUACUCUAAUUAUUCACGUUUUCAAUUUCAGGAAAAGUCUAAAAGAGUAUGCACUAAAUCAUCAUUCAGAAGAUCUGACCCAGAAGAUCUGGAUGGCUUCAUCAGAACAUGGUUUGGAAGACAUCAGAAGAUGGUCUUGUGUGUCAUACCCCAAAUUUGUCCUACCCUUUCAAUUUUAUCUGGCUUAGGCUCAUGCAUUUCAUAGUCUCAUGUACAUACCUCCCAUUAGGUCAUUUACAUAACUCAUGCAUUCAUUAAUCAAUAACUUGGCAUUGGGAUCAAGGAUUUUGAAAUCCUAGAGCUUCAUAUUAAGUUUGAGGCGUUCAUGGCAACUAAAGUCUUAUCCUUCUAAUGUUUCCAGCGGUAAAGUAGGGGAUCAGGGUUUAUUUCCCUAUGGUUGACCAAAGGUAAAGUUUUCACCUGUUGUGUCUGGGCUUGAGGAAGCUUCUAACUAAGGAUCGUCGAAUUAGGUUUUGAGAUCAUUGAUAAACCAUGGUGCAAAAGGAUGAACUUGAAGAUCGCAUUGUACUCAGAGAGUCAUUUGUGCAUUGGUUGCGUGAUACGCAAGUUUGGUUUGAAUUGGUUAGCAUUGAAUUAAAGGGUUCAUUAAAGAUCAGGUUGAUUGGAACUGCUCAUUGAUAUAUGGAGUGGAUUUGAGUUCAAAGACGAUUAAGGUUCUUAAGUAGUUGCAUGGGAUUAUUGAUGAAAGUUGCAAAAUUCAAGUUCUUCAUAAUGUUAUUGCAAUUAUUUACCAUUAAUCCAAGAUCUACCCAUUUCAUGAGUCAUUGGUGCUAGAGAUCCAAGUUGGGAAAAGGAAUGGAAGAUUUAAUUUGGAAAGUACUAUGAAUUCAAUAUUCCUAAAUAGGAAAGAAGCAUGAUUCAAGGUUGUUAAUGCAAAUCCAUUCAAAGUUUUCAAGAAUCAAUUCAACAAUACAAGUCGGUGAAGGUGUGCGUAUGGUUCAUUCGGAAGACAAGGUACUUAAAGUUUAAAACAUUCAUCUUGGGUUCAUCCAUUAUCAUCAACCAAAAUCUCAAAUAUACAUUUCAAAUUUCCGCAAGAUUACACGUUCAUUACAAAAUCCAAAAAAAACCAUUACACUUACUACCAAAGUCUAUCAAAACCAAAUUUGGAUAAAAAGCUAGGUCCAUUAUCAUUCAAACUCCAUUACAAAAAUAAUACAAAAAUCUACAAGAGAACCUAUUCCCUCUAGUUUUCUAUGUCUUCAUUCAACUUCACCCUGACUUCGCCUUUUGCUUUACUAUAAAGAUCUCCAUGACUCCAUCUUGAGUUAUUCAUCCCAAAGUCCUUCCCAUGUUAUUCAUAAAGCCAAAGAACAGUCCCUGCACCAUAUAAAACCAACAAAACCAGCUGCAUAAACACAAAUUAACCUGCUGCCAUAUAUACAUAUUAACCUCAUAUUUCCCAUUCAAAAUAAAAACCAUUUACAAACAGCGAAAACAGAAUUUCUCACUGAUCCAUAACUUACUAGCCACACUCCUAACCUUCAUUUUUUCCUAACUGUUCUAACAGAAUCAAAACCUAUUCAUAACAUUGUAACUAACUUCUAACAACCUAGCUUUCCUAACAGUUCAUAACAGAAAGAUAAGAGAAGUAAAAAACUAACCUUUAACUUCUAUAAAAUCCUCAGUCAGAAGCUUCUUCAGCUCUAUAUAUACUUUCCCUCUUCCUUCACUCUCUCAAUCUUGAACUCUCUCUUCAAAGCUUUCUUCACCAUUCACUUCUCCACUUCUAGACUCACCACUUCCUCACCACCAUUUUCACGAUCUCAGAACCUCUCUCCCAUCUUCAUCUCUUCAAUUCACCAUAGAGUCCCUGGAGUCUUCACUUCACCAUUUGGCACCUUCAUCAUCUUCAUCGCUUCUUCAAUCUUCAUCACAAAAUCACCAUAAUCCUCACUUCAUCAAUCUUCUUCAUCAUCCAUAUUCACCAACAGAAAAAGAAGAAAGAUUUGUAACAGAAUAUCAGAGAAAGAGAACGUAACAGAAAAAUUGGAAACUCACCCUGGAAUCCUCUUCUCUCCGUCUCAAACCUUCAAACUCCUCUGAACCUCGAUAAUCUUCAACCUUCAAUCCGUAAUCACAUCUUCAAUUCUUCCAUAUCAAGAUUCCUCCAGUGGAUUCACCACAAAAUUCUGCAGAAAACAUAGAAGAGGAAAUCACAAACUCAAUCGUUUAGAAAUCAUCACCAAUCACCGAUUCAGGACUUCGCUUCUUCCGUUCAUACACUCUUCACUUUCUCGAUUUCUCUUCAAUUUCAGCAUCUCCUUCCUUUUCAUCUCCAUCUGCGCAAUAACAACUAUUCAACAUCAUCAUCUUCGUUCAUUAUUCAAACGCAACGACAUCACAUCUUCACCUGUAUCAAGCAACAACAUCAAAAUAACGUUUCUCAGAGGAAAUUGGGAAUAAGAAAGAGAAGUUUAUUCGGGAUGUUAAGCAGGAAAAGAAGAAAUUAGCGAUCUAAGAAGAUCACUGAGAGACGAGUAGAGAAAGUAGAUCGGUGAGGAAAGAGAGAGUGAACCGGAGAGACGAAGGUCGAUUGUCUGUUUGGUUUACAAUGACGGAAUGAAGCUCCGAUUGGAAAGAGGUGACAAGUCGCCGCCGCGCCGAUCGCCGGAGAAGGAGAUGAUGUACGUCGCCGUUUGUUCGUGACUGAGGGAGAAGAGAGCUCAAGAAUCCCAAUCGUCACACACACGUAACCCUAAUCCCUUUUUGUUUUUCCAAUUUAAUGUGUUAAUUAAUUAGCAUAUGAUUUGAAUAUUUAGUUAGUAUAAAGUUUGGUGUUAAUUAGAUAUAAUUGAGAUUAAUUGAUGGACUAACUGGAUUAAUGAAUUUGAUUGGCAAUUAACAAAAAUCUGAAUACGAAAUCUGAAUUAAUUGGAUCAAGUGCUAUGGGCCAAACAAAACGCUGUUCAUCACUCCCUGGGGGCCCACACACCACCAUUUUUGGCUGGACAAAAAAAAACAAAGAUUUAGAUAUCUCUUGGGCCUGAUCGUUAUUUUCACCCCCUGUUGGGCCCAUCACCAUUGUUGAACAAAAUUCUGAAAACAAAAACAAUACAGACGGGCCAACAUCACCAUGGGCCCUACGCCUGUUUCUAACCUCACCCACACAGUUCGAUUUACACCCCCAGUUGCCAUUUUAGUUCUUAAUAGGAAUUAGUUUUUUCUAGUUUUAAUUCUACAUUUUAGAUAAUAAAAACAUGAUAAACCUUUAAUAGUUUGUCAGUUUUUUUAGGUAAUCUUUGACAUUAAAAAAGGCUCAUAAAAAUAGUAGAUCUUUUAGGGUAAUUUUGACAUUUGAGUUCUUUUAUAAAAAACCAUAAAAAUAGUAGUUUUAGAGUUUCAUUUCGCAUUAAUGCUUGAAUUGUUUUUGCUACUUCCAUGAUAUUUUUGUACGAUGCUUGUGUGAUUUUAUUGCUUGUAUUUUAGGCCUAUUUCGUUAGUACCAUUUUAGACUCCUUUUGUACAUAAGUAGGAAUUAGACAACACUUAGAUUAGAACAUAGAAUUAGUUCCCCUAUUUUCAUUUCUUUUUCUUUUCAACUUUUAAAAUACUUAAUAAAAAUCGAUGAAGAUCAUACAGUUGCUAUAUUUCAUGGUAGGAAGGAAAUGAUUGAGGCGUAGGCCUCGAUGUAUGUUUUUUCCUACUUAGCGGAGAAGAAAUGAUUGAAGUGUGAAGCUUCGAUGUAUUUCUUAACCGUUGUUUAGAGAAACGAUCGUGGUGUAGGCCUCGAUGUGCAUUCUCUAAAUAUUCACAAAAAAACUCCUUUUUGUAUUUCCUUUACUUAGCGGAGAAGAAAUGAUUGAGGUGUGAAGCCUCGGUGUAUUUCUUAACCGUUAUUUAGAGAAACGAUUGUGGCGUAGGCCUCGAUGUGCGUUCUCUAAAUAUGCAAAAUAGAACUCUUUUUGGUAUGAUCUAAGUCACAAAUUAAAUCCCCUUAAAAAACACCAACCAAAAACACUUAAAACACUAAUAAAUGGUUAGAUUUAACACAAAGUAAGGAAGUGAUGCGAGACCUUGUAGUGGGUUCUCGUCAUCAUGGAAUUACCCUAAAAGAUACAAACCAAUCUCUUUUUUUCUUUUCUUAAGGGCAAGUUAUCUCCGCUCCGUUGCAUCCUAGGCGAUCCCUUAUGCAAGAGCGCGAGCGUUAACGCCGCCCAACUAAAAAACACAAAAACAAACAGAAAAUCGUGAGCCGAGCUACGGUAACUCUGAUUCCUGAAAAGGAUACGUAGGCAGCGGGGUAGGGCCCGUGCGAGUACAAUUCUUUCUUUUCCCUACAUUCUGCAUUCAUUCGCAUUUAGACAUAAACAUAGUACACACCCAUUAGAUAGAAACAAACAUAGGUGGAUACCAUCGAGUACGAUAGGCGUGAGGGGUGCUAGCACCUUCCCCUUACGUAACCGACUCCCGUACCUUGAUUCUCUGGUCGCAAGACCCUGUUCCUUCCUUUGUUAGGUUUCCUGAUAUUCCUUUCCCUUAUGGGAUAAAUAUAUUGGUGGCGACUCUGUUCAUUUUUCGCGAGCGUGCGACAGCUGGCGACUCUGCUGGGGACUACCUAAGCAAGUCGAUCCUAGCCUUUGUUUGUUUCUUUUAUUGGGUGUUUCUUUGUUUUGUUUAUGUGCUUACAUUCUGUAUAUAUGUUUGUAUAUCAUGCCUAUUUCCUGUUUGCAUAUCAUGUUUACUUUCCGCAUGCAUCUGGACUAUAUUAUGGGUCCCCGUGGGGGCCACAUAUUUUCUCUGCUUGCAGGUUGGGUGGGGAUGAUUCUAUGAGGUAAAAGGCCCAAUAUGAAGGAUAGAAAAACACUUAGAAAGGGGGGGAUUGAAUAAGUGUGACUUUAAAUCUUGGACGAUAAAAAUAAAUUGCACAAUUAUUUUUAUCCUGGUUCGCUGUUAACGAAGCUACUCCAGUCCACCCCCGCAGAGAUGAUUUACCUCAACCUGAGGAUUUAAUCCACUAAUCGCACGGAUUACAAUGGUUUUCCACUUAGUCCACGACUAAGUCUUCCAGAGUCUACAGAUCACAACUUGAUCACUCCAGGAACACUGCUUAGACAACUUCUAAGACUUUUCUAGAGUCUACUGAUCAACCUGAUCACUCUAGUUACAAACUGCUCAGCCAACUGCUAAGACUUCCUAGAGUAUACUGAUCACACGAUCACUCUAGUUCCUUACAAUUUAAUGUAAUCUAUUCAAGAGUUUACAAAUGCUUCUUAAAAGCUAUAAUCAUAAACUGUGAUAUUUCUCUUAUCGUUUAAGCUUAAUCUCACUAAUAUAUUACAACAGCAAUGUAGUGAGUUUUGAUGAAGAUGAAGAUUCUGAGCUUUGAAUUUAAACAGAGUUUCAGCAAGUUAAUAUGCGUUGUUUUGUUCAGGAUCGUUAACCUUGCUUCUCAUCAGAACUUCAUAUUUAUAGGCGUUGAGAAGAUGACCGUUGAGUGCAUUUAAUGCUUUGCGUGUUCCGUACAGCAUUGCAUUUAAUGUUAUACGCUUUUGUCAACUACCUCGAGCCUUGUUCACGCUGUGUCUACUGACGUUGCCUUUAGUAGCUUUAACGUUCCUUUUGUCAGUCAGCGUAGUCUGCCACCUGUACUUCCUUCUGAUUUGAUGUUUGUGAAUACGACGUUUGAAUAUCAUCAGAGUCAAACAGCUUGGUGCAUACAUAGCAUCUUCUGAUCUUCUGAUCUUGAAGUGCUUCUGUUGCGUGAUACCAUCUUCUGAUCUUCAGUGCUUCUGAUCUCAUGUUCUUCUGAUGCUUCCAUAGACCCAUGUUCUGAUUCUGCUUCGACCAUCUUCUGAUGUCUUGCCAGACCAUGUUCUGAUGUUGCAUGCUGAACCAUUUGAGACACAACUUCUGAGCGCUGAAUUAUGCGUACUCUUUAUAUAUAUUUCCUGAAAGGGAAAUUGCAUUGGAUUAGAGUACCAUAUUAUCUUAAGCAAAAUUCAUAUUAUUGUUAUCAUCAAAACUAAGAUAAUUGAUAAGAACAAAUCUUGUUCUAACAAUCUCCCCCUUUUUGAUGAUGACAAAAACAUAUAUAAAUGAUAUGAAUUUGCGAUCAGAAAGAGUAGACGGCAAAAGACAAAUUACACAGCUAUAGCAUAAGCAUAUGAAUAUGUCUCCCCCUGAGAUUAACAAUCUCCCCCUGAGAUAAAUAAUCUCCCCCUGAAAUAAAUACUCGAAGAACUUUGAUAAAAGACUUCCCUGAUUAUUUCGGUAGAGACGAUCAUAUAAGCUUCUGCCUUCAGAGAAUUCAUAGCUUCUGACUUCUGCUUCCAUUGGACAGCUUCAGAACUUGAAUUUCUUUAGAUCCUUAGAACACUCACAGCUUCUGAUUCCUGCUUCCAUCGUGGACAGCUUCAGAACUUGAAUUUCUUUGAUCUUCAGAACAUUCACAGCUUCCGACUUCUGCUUCCAUUCAGGACAGCUUCAGAACUUGAAUUUCUUUGAUCUUCAGAACAUUCACAGCUUCUGAUUUCUGCUUCCAUUCAGGACAGCUUCAGAACUUGAGUUUUCUGGAUCUUUUAGAACAUUCACAUCUUCUGAUUUCUGCUUCCCUCGGAUAGCUUCAGAACUUUGAAUGUCUACUAAUCAACACUUCAUGCUAGAUUUGUAUCAGAACAUUGUUGAAUGUACCAGAGCAUCAUCAGAGCAUCUCUACAUCCUGAAAUGUUACAGAACAAAAAACUAAACGACAAAAGUCAGCAUGAACGAGUUAGAACAUAAAAUGUAUGUUUGAACACAUUAUAUGUAUCAGAGCCAUAUAGGCUGAAAUAAUGUAUCAGAGCAAAUAAUGUAUCAGAGCCAUAACAUUAUAUGUAUCAGAGCAAAUAGAAUUUUGUCAGAACAGGAUAGACAAUGAUAUUCAAAUUCUAUUAUCAGUGCUUCUGAUCGUGCUUCUGAUUCCUGAAGCUUGACAGCACUCAGCUUGCUUCAGUUUCCAAGAGCUUAUUCUUUUUACAGAAUAACGCUUCUUAUGGUUUUGCUUCUAGUGUUUGCUUCUGAAGAUUCACUUCACUUCUCUGUACCUGCAAAACACUUAAACCAUAUAGAACUUGCAGUUCUUGUUAGUGAAUGUGUGGGAGCCUUUACCCAGCAACUGAUAGAUUUAAUCAAAUCAUUUAUCAUUUAUCUUCUCCCCCUUUUUGUCAUAACAUCAAAAAGAAUAUUUAAAAAAGAUUCAGAUGUAAAAAACGACAAAAGACAUGGAGAAAAAAAAUGAUGUCAUUAAGGUUCAACCAUUGGGUACAGAAGUACAAAAUGAAAAGAUCAGAUGCACAGAAACAAAACAGAUGCAAAGAAAAGAAAGAAACAGCAUAGACUCAAUCUAAGAUGGCCCUAGUCUUGACAAGAUCUUGGCCAGCAUCUCUUUAACAUCGUUGUUGUGUCCUUCUUGCCUCUUAAUGAAAGCAUCAUACUUCUCAUUGAGUGAGCUUUGCUCAUCCUGUCUCUUCUGAAUUUCUUCUAGAGUCCUUGCAAGACGAGAAGGUUCACCAGAAGAAGCUUCACCGCUUUGAUCCACAGGAAUGACAACUCGAUCUGCAGCUUCCAUAGAAGUAUCAUUUGCUGGGAUAUCCUCAAUAGGGUCUGAUUCAGCAACAUGAUCUUCAGCAUCUGCUUCUUGCAUAGAAGCAUCUCCAUAUUCUGCAGCAGGAAUUUCCGAGUCUCCAUUCUCAAGUGCCUGAAGAAUGGCAGCUAGAUUCCUUGGAGCAGAAGGACCUUCAACUUCUGGUGGGUAAACAACUUCUGGAAUGACCAAGUUUGGGUCUUUCUUAGAAGGGUUUUCCCGCAGAUAGUCAAAGAGAGUCUUGAAAUCUCCUAGCAGAACAGGAUAAUCAGGAAUCCAGAUAACCAUGUCCCUACAUGGGUUUGCUUCCAUUGCAGCAGCCAGUCUUAAUUGUUCCAUUUCAUCCACAAAGGGCUUCUCUUCCAACAGAUAUCUGCCUCUGAGACGAGCAAACCAGAAGUCUUCAUAAUUCCUCAGAAUUCUACGAGGCCGUGGGGCAGCAGCUACACAUGCUUCCUGAAGUUCUAAAAACAGAGCAUCUGAUUCUCUGCGAAGGAUCCUCCAGAAGUUCCGCAUAGCAACAUCAUUCAAUCCAGAACUUUCAGCAAUUCUGAGAGUAUCAAAGAUGCUUCUGAGAUACCUCUUUAUGUUUUCAAAAACUACACCAAUAGAGUAUACAGGGCGAAAUUUUACUUGGGUUUUUGAAAAGGCAGGGUUGGAAGUGAAGUAUGGUUGAGGUUCUCUAUCCAACCUAUAAGAAAAUUCUGCUUCAGUAUCAGAAUCUAACACUACCACAUCAGCUUCAGAACGAGGCUUGGGAGUGUAGUUGCAAUCACGGAGCAGCUGCUCAUGUGAUGCAGAGGUUGGAAGAGGAGAAUCACAAAGAUUGUUUUGAGAGAUGGGGGGAGUAUGUUCAACGGUGGCAUUGGGAGAAGGUUGAGAUGGAAAGAGAGUUUGGAGAGGUGGUAUAUCCAGAACAGGAUCUAUGGUAGGUGUAGAGGAAGGAAUGGUUAUAGGAGAAGAUGGAGGUGUGAGAACAUGGACAAGGACAGGUGAUUCUGAUGCGGCUUUUUCAGGUUCAGGUGGAGGGACAGCCUCUAUUGGUGCAGCUUCUGAACUAACAGCAGGAACAGAAACAGGUUCAGAGAUGCAUAUACCUUUGGAACCUCUCAGAAAAGCUUUGGCCACAUCCUCAGCCUUUUUCUGCUUCUUACUCUUCGGCUCUUCAAUAACCUUUGCUUUGCCGCAAGCGAUUUCUUUCCUUCUGACAUAAGCCAGAACUUCUGGUUGAUUCUCAGCUUCUUGAGCAACAUUUUCUUCAUCUGAGCUUUGAAUAAUCAUCUUCCUUUUUCUGAUUUUCUUCUUCUCAACAACUACAACAACUUCAGCAUUGUUAUUUGACUUCUUCUUCUUUUUCUCAGCUUCCUUCUUUUUCUUCUCAAAAUCAGCAGAGACAGCCUUAACAGCCUUUGCAAUCACUUCUUCUGGGACCACUUCUUUCUUGGUGGUAGCAGCAGGAUGAUCAAACUUCCUUUUGGUCCUUUCCUCCUUCUUACGAUUCACUUUAAUAGGAGCACCUUUGUCUUGAUCUUUAAGACUCUUAUCCUCUUUUUGUGAUUUCAGAUACUUAGUUCUGACUUGUGGUACCUCACUAUUGAAGAAGGUUUUGAAUUCAGCUAGAACUGGCUCUUUUCUGAUUGUUGUUCCAGCAAGAGGUUGAGGAGUCUUAAUGAUAGUUUUAAUCACGUUCAUCCUCUUUAAAGUGAAUGCGUUCAGACAAGCCCCAGAUGUGACAGCAAGGUCUUUCACAAUACCUUCAGAUUCCAGACUCUCAACAAUCUUGGAAUGCACCAGAAGGUUUGUAAUAAUUCUACCAAAAGGAAUGAUUGUUCCACCAUUUUCUUUUCUGAAAGCGUUUCUGGAAUCCUUUACUGCUUUCCACAUAUGGUUGAAGAUAAUGUAAACCACAUCAACCUUCUUCUGAGUGGCAAUGCAGUAAAGAAUAUAUUUUUGCUCAUUGUUUAUGAAGUCAGCGGCAUGUGUCGCUUUCCUAUGGUAGAAGCACCCAAGAAUGAUCUUUGUCCAGAUUUUGUAGAUAUCUCUCAACUCCUUGACGUGUUUUGUUUUCUUGAUAUUUGAAUAGAGAGUGGAUAGAACAUCUUCUCAAUCUUCCCUUUUAUCGAUUUCAAAAGCUCCUUCCGCGUUCUUCAAAUCAAACAUCACUCUUAGGAUGUUUUCAGUAAUAACAACAAACUUUCCAUGGACGAAGGAAAGUAUUGAUUUUGGAGCAACCACAGCAUGUGCCCAGAACUCCUUGACAAGAUCUGGAUAAACUGGGCCAACGAACUCAGCAAACAACGAGGUCCAUCCUUGAAAGAUGAUGUCUUCUUUAAGAAGAAAUCCAUGUUCUUCAAGGUUGUCAAAGUCAACAAUAAGUUCACAUAGAACUUCUAAUUUGUCCUUGGGAAUAGAGCAUGCAACAACAGGAGUAAGUUGCAAAGCUUCUUCUGGGAGAUGAUGAGGAACAGAUGACUCAGCAUUUUGGGAUGAGAAGGCAGCCAUGGAUGCAGAAUGACCAAAAACGAGCAAGAGAAGCGAACUGGGUUUUCGAUUAGGGUUUUAGAAAACGGCUAAGAACUUUUCAAACGAGAGAAUGCAAGGAGAGAGAGAGAGAGAGACAGAGGAGCGAAAAAGAUGUAUGAUAUGAUUUGAAAAGCAUAUAUAGAGACGGAUUUGAAAAGAAAAGGAAUAAGAAAUAUAAAUUGAACAGUUUCAGAAUCAAAGGAAAUCAAUUUUAUUAAAUGAUGAGUGACGUGAGGAGAGAGAACGUGGUAAAUGAAAUGAUUUAAAACAGUUACCUAGGUCGGCGUCUUUUCAACUGCACGCUUUGUACACACCGUACAGACACGUGUUCAUCAUCAGAUAGUAGAUGACAGCUGUAAAUAUCAGAGAGAUUUUACGCCUUCAAAUUCUGAUUACUGCUUCUGAAUUGAUCUAAUUUCUCUUCUGGAAAUACUCCUUCUGAAGUGUGCUGAUAUAAGUCUGAAUGAUCUUCUGAUCCAUUACUUCUGAUGUACACAGCUUCUGGAGGUUUACUUCUUUGUUCUGCAGCUUCUGAUAAGACAAAACUGUAUCUGCAGAAAUUCUUAAGCUCUUUGUUUCAUCAGAAACAAGUUUAUCAUCAAAACAGAUGUUUAUUGAUUGGUCCACAAUCAAUGUUUCAAUGUUGUAUAUUCUGUAGCAUUUAGAGCAUUUCAGAAUACUCAAGAUAGAAACAUCAAAGCCUUAGAGGCAAACAUCAUAGAUGGUUCCAAGACUAAUAAGCUUCUUUUCUGAAUUCCUACAAACAUAGUUUCUUCAACGGAUUUAAGAACCAGAACUUGGAAGACAAUCUUUCUUCCCUUCAAGUGUUGAGAGCAACUUGAGUCCAGGUGUCGUGUCAUGUUGAAUGUUGUCUUCUUUGUUAUCAAGAGAAUCUGCAAAAGAAAUAAUCUUUUUCUUUGGUACCCACAUCUUCUUGGGUCCUUUCUUGUUAGAUUUUCUCAAGUUCUGAUUGAACUUAGGUUUAACAUUAUAAGCAAUAGGAGGAACAGCAUGAUAAUUUUUAAUAUGAGUUUCAUGAUAUUUCCUAGGUUGUGUCACAUGCUUCUUGGUGUGUGUUAUGUGAAAACUUUGUGCAUGUGAAGUGUGCCUAAUAUCAUGAGAGUGGCCAUACUUGAACUGAUCAUACAAUGGCUUGUAUGUGAGUUUCAUUUCAUCAACAGGUUCAAGUUUGUAUGGGGUUUCACCCUCAUAACCAAUGCCAACUCUUUUGUUUCCAGAUACGGCAUAUAUCAUAGAAGCUAGCUGACUUCUGCCAAUACUUCUAGAUAAGAACUUCCUGAAGCUUAAAUCAUAUUCUUUCAGAAUAUGGUUUAGACUAGGAGUGGAUUUUUCUGAAUCAGAAGGAGAUCCAACAUUAUUGGAUAAUUUUAAAAGUUUUUCUUUUAAUUCAGAAUUCUCCAACUCAAGCUUCUUUGUUUCAAAUUCAAAUUGCUUUUUCAGCUUUUUGUAUUUGAGACUAAUCUGAGACUUGAGUUCCAGAAGUUCAGUUAGACCGGAAACUAACUCAUCUCUAGUAAGUUCAGAAAAUACCUCUUCAGAAUCUGAUUCUGAUGUAGAUUCUGAUCUGUCAUCUUCUGUCGCCAUCAGCGCACAGUUAGCUUGCUCAUCUUCAGAGUCUGAAUCAUCUUCUGACUCAUCCCAGGUUGCCAUAAGACCUUUCUUCUUAUGAAACUUCUUCUUGGGAUUCUCCUUCUGAAGAUUUGGACAUUCAUUCCUGAAGUGUCCAGGCUCAUUGCAUUCAUAGCACAUGACCUUCUUCUUGUCAGAUCUUCUGUCAUCAGAAGAUCCUCCAUGUUCAAAUCUCUUUGAACUUCUGAAGCCUCUGAACUUCCUUUGCUUGGUUUUCCAGAGUUGAUUUAGCCUUCUGGAGAUCAAGGACAGUUCAUCUUCUUCUUCAGAUUCUGAUUCUUCAGGAUCUUCUUCUCUGGCCUGAAAAGCGUUAGUGCAUUUCUUGAUAUUUGAUUUUAAUGCAAUAGACUUACCUUUCUUUUGAGGCUCAUUUGCGUCCAGCUCUAUUUCAUGACUCCUCAAGGCACUGAUAAGCUCUUCCAGAGAAACUUCAUUCAGAUUCUUCGCAAUCUUGAAUGCAGUCACCAUCGGACCCCAUCUUCUGGGUAAGCUUCUGAUGAUUUUCUUUACGUGAUCAGCCUUGGUGUAUCCCUUGUCAAGAACUCUCAAUCCAGCAGUAAGAGUUUGAAAUCUUGAAAACAUCUUUUCAAUGUCUUCAUCAUCCUCCAUCUUGAAGGCUUCAUACUUCUGGAUUAAGGCUAGAGCUUUAGUCUCCUUGACUUGAGCAUUUCCUUCAUGAGUCAUUUUCAAGGACUCAUAUAUGUCAUAGGCCGUUUCCCUGUUAGAUAUCUUCUCAUACUCAGCAUGAGAGAUAGCAUUCAGCAAAACAGUUCUGCAUUUAUGAUGAUUCCUGAAGAGCUUCUUCUGAUCAUCAUUCAUUUCUUGCCUUGUCAGCUUUACGCCUCUGGCAUUUACCGGAUGUUUGUAACCAUCCAUCAGAAGAUCCCAUAGAUCACCAUCUAGACCAAGAAAGUAACUUUCCAGUUUAUCUUUCCAGUAUUCAAAGUUUUCACCCUCAAAUACCGGCGGUCUUGUAUAACCAUUGUUACCGUUGUGUUGCUCAGCAGAGCCAGAUGUAGAUGCAGGUGGAUUUGUCGGAGUUUCACCAGCCAUCUUUUAAAUGAAGCGUUUUUCUCUUCCUGAAUCUUUUCUAAACACGGUUAAGUGCUUGCACCUUAGAACCGGCGCUCUGAUGCCAAUUGAAGGAUAGAAAAACACUUAGAAAGGGGGGGAUUGAAUAAGUGUGACUUUAAAUCUUGGACGAUAAAAAUAAAUUGCACAAUUAUUUUUAUCCUGGUUCGCUGUUAACGAAGCUACUCCAGUCCACCCCCGCAGAGAUGAUUUACCUCAACCUGAGGAUUUAAUCCACUAAUCGCACGGAUUACAAUGGUUUUCCACUUAGUCCACGACUAAGUCUUCCAGAGUCUACAGAUCACAACUUGAUCACUCCAGGAACACUGCUUAGACAACUUCUAAGACUUUUCUAGAGUCUACUGAUCAACCUGAUCACUCUAGUUACAAACUGCUCAGCCAACUGCUAAGACUUCCUAGAGUAUACUGAUCACACGAUCACUCUAGUUCCUUACAAUUUAAUGUAAUCUAUUCAAGAGUUUACAAAUGCUUCUUAAAAGCUAUAAUCACAAACUGUGAUAUUUCUCUUAUCGUUUAAGCUUAAUCUCACUAAUAUAUUACAACAGCAAUGUAGUGAGUUUUGAUGAAGAUGAAGAUUCUGAGCUUUGAAUUUAAACAGAGUUUCAGCAAGUUAAUAUGCGUUGUUUUGUUCAGGAUCGUUAACCUUGCUUCUCAUCAGAACUUCAUAUUUAUAGGCGUUGAGAAGAUGACCGUUGAGUGCAUUUAAUGCUUUGCGUGUUCCGUACAGCAUUGCAUUUAAUGUUAUACGCUUUUGUCAACUACCUCGAGCCUUGUUCACGCUGUGUCUACUGACGUUGCCUUUAGUAGCUUUAACGUUCCUUUUGUCAGUCAGCGUAGUCUGCCACCUGUACUUCCUUCUGAUCUGAUGUUUGUGAAUACGACGUUUGAAUAUCAUCAGAGUCAAACAGCUUGGUGCAUAGCAUCUUCUGAUCUUCUGAUCUUGAAGUGCUUCUGUUGCGUGAUACCAUCUUCUGAUCUUCAGUGCUUCUGAUCUCAUGUUCUUCUGAUGCUUCCAUAGACCCAUGUUCUGAUUCUGCUUCGACCAUCUUCUGAUGUCUUGCCAGACCAUGUUCUGAUGUUGCAUGCUGAACCAUUUGAGACACAACUUCUGAGCGCUGAAUUAUGCGUACUCUUUAUAUAUAUUUCCUGAAAGGGAAAUUGCAUUGGAUUAGAGUACCAUAUUAUCUUAAGCAAAAUUCAUAUUAUUGUUAUCGUCAAAACUAAGAUAAUUGAUAAGAACAAAUCUUGUUCUAACACAAUACACAGGCUAUGAGUGCACUUUAGGUACCCUAGGAUAGAGUGGGAGCAUGGUUUGUCUCGAGGUGUACGUCUCGGGAUGGAUCAUGUGACUACGAGCAGAGUAGUGGUUUCAAACGGAGGUAUUAUCGUCACCCGCAUCCGCGCUAGUGAUGAUGCUUACCUUCGGGCGGACCGUAUACUGCGUUUCAUGACCUUACCCUGACCUAGAUUCACCUGUGAGUGGGGAGGGAUAUACAUGACAGGUACUGUUGGUGACUAUUGGUCUUCCUGGUAUUCAAAAAGGUGUCGGACCUUUGAUUCUGUGAUAUUUGACCUGUAUCAGUUAUUCAGAAGUUUGUAUGGUGGUUACUAAGAUUAUAUGGACCUUGAUUCCAUGCUUUUGCAUUGCAUAACAUCAUUGCUUUGUCCACUCCAUUUAUGAAAGAUCCUAAAGUCUAUUUCCAAAAAAGAGAAAAGAAAAGAAAAGAAAAGAUAUGUAAAAGAAAAGGAAAUAGAAAAGCAAAAAAGAAAAGAAAAGAUAUUCUAUACAAAAGAGAAGCUUUGAUUCAAAAAAAAGAAACAUGAAAGUGUGAGAAAAGACUUUAGGAUCUCUCAUAAAUGAAACAUGCAUUCAUACUAUCAUGCAUUUCAUGGUCCUUUCAAAGACUUAUGGGACCAUUUCUAUUCACAUUCCAAGAUCAACAACAGAUUUGACUUCUCACCGCCACAACUCCAAGAUCAACUAUGGAACAACUCCGUGAGGAAAUGGAUGAGAUGAAGGAACAAAUGGGUCAUCUUAUGUUGGAGAUGCGAGAAUUGGUCCAUAAUCAGGGUGCACUAAAAGAGGAAAACAGUCAGUUGAAGACUCAAGUGAGUUUGGUCAUGGAAGUUCUGAAAAAGGUACUAAGAAAGGAAGGGGAUGUUGUUCCUACUGCUGCAACAGAAGUUGUUGAUCCCUUCUCUUCAGUAGGAUCCUUUCCCACUCAUGGAAUACCUCAGGAAGUUCCUCCUCAACUCCAUGUGCCAUUACCUCCAUGCCAAUCUGUUCUUCAAGGAGGCCAAAUGUGUGGGAAAAAGCCUAAGAUACCUCAGAGAAUUCUCAAUCCUAUCCCGAUGCCUUACGCUCAGUUACUUCCCCGUUUGCUGGAGCUUCAGUUGAUUGAGCUACGAGAAUUGGCUACGCCUGAAAAGCUUCCCCCCACCUUUGAUGCCAAUGCUCGAUGUGAGUUCCAUUCUGGGGCACCUGGUCAUGAUAUUGAGAAUUGUAGGGCGCUGAAGCAGCAAAUUCAAGAUCUCAUUGAUUCAAAAGUGAUUUUGUUCACCCCCGAGGGUAUGUUUGUUCGAGGAAAUGGGGUUCCAACUGCGGUGGAAGAAAAGGUUGAUUCAUACUUCUAUGUCAGAUCUACUUCAAAUCAGAAGCAUAAUGCACCAUCUUGGGUUCCAGGUUUCCCACCUCAUCAGUCUCCAUUUGUUUCACAGCCAAAUCAAAAGAGGAAGACACCUGAACAGAAUGGGUACUGGAAUCAUUGCCAUCAGCAGGGUCCACAAAUGCCAAGGAGACCACCAAGAAGGAUUGACCCAAUUCCUAUGACCUAUAGUCAGCUGCUUUCUCAUUUGCUCAAGGAUUCUUUGGUCCAACUAAGGGAGUUUAAGCCCCCUCCAAUACCAAUUCCUCAAGGAUAUGACUUAAAUGCAAGGUGUGAGUACCAUUCUGGGACAUCUGGACAUUCAACUGAGGAUUGUAAUAUUUUGAAACACAAAGUCCAAGAUCUCAUUGACUCCAAAGUAAUGUCAUUCACUCCGAAUGGCCUGCGCAUAAAACGAAGAGUUCAUGCAUAAGUGAAUGCCCGUAUUCCAGAAAGUAUCACAAAAAAAAAAGAAGAAUAAGCCCAAAUGGAGUCAAGGCUCCUCAACAUUGGCAAUCAUCAUUUCGUUUCCGUAUUCUCACUUCAAUAUUCCCUAUUUUGUUGAAGACUACUUCCUUGUCUGAGUUGGUUGGUAUGAUAAUAAUAAAAGCACCACAAAUUCUCGAGCAACUUCGUCAUAAUCUUUUCCAAAAAAAAGAAAUCAAGAAUGUUUUGUAGAAGCAUCUCUCAUUCUCAAGGUUCUUAUGCUCAGUUGUAUCCGUGGAGGUUGGUGUUUCAGUUGGUGUUUGAGUUCUCUUUGCAACAAAUAGCUUCUCUAAGUUUGGUGACUACGCAAGGUUCCUCCAUGGCAAAUACUUCUUCAAUGAAUAUGCUUGGGGCUCCCGCACGAGGGAUAAGCAAGACGCACUCUUAUCUUGAGCAUUGCAUCAUUCGCCUUGCUCGAAUCCCUAAAGCAUUACAAAUUCUUGGGUGACUUCGUCAGAAUCUUCUUCCGUGUGAUAAUCAAGAGUGUUCUUCACAAUGCUUCUCAUUCUCAAGGUUCUACUUCAUAUAUCAGUUGCCUUUUCUCAUGAUUUCCUUCUCAGUGGCCCUUGCUUGUUAACAGAGAGAAAAAUAUAAGGAACAAAUUGAUGUGACUGCCUUGUGCCCAUUUGCUUCCCCAUUUGUCGGAAUUUCAAUUGGUUAAGAUUCGUGUAUUGGGUCUUCUUCACCACAAAUAGAUCUCCUCAAUUUGAUGACCAUACAAGGUUCUUCCAUUUACGAUGGUGAUUACUACUCCAACAUCUAUGCUUGGGGCUCCCGCACGAGGGAUAAGCAAGACGUACUCUUAUCUUGAGCAUUGCAUCACUCGCAUUGCUCGAAUCCCUAAAGCAAGGCAAAAGUUUACAACUCAUGGGUGACUUUGUUGGAGUUCUCUUUUGAAGUAAUCUGAAGUGUUUGGAAGGAACUGCAGAAAGUAUUCAAGCUCAACAAGUCCAGACGGAGUCAAGUCUCCUCAACAACGACACUCAUUUAGUUUCUUACUGCAUUCUCAUUGUAAUUUUUCAUUUGUGUGUUUAAGCAUCAAUAGCAUGUAAAAACUUGUUAAUUUCUGAAUGAAAAUCAUAAUACAUUGUCUAUGUUUGUCUUGAAGUAAUCCAUUCGUUAUCACUCAUAAAAUGUUUUGGCAUUACGAUACCAACUUUACUAAUUGCUUGCUUAUGCAAAAAGCUGAGGGAGAAUGAUGAAAAAUAAAAAUACAAAAUCUCUAAUCAUGUGUUUUCGAAUAAAACCCUACUGAGGAUCUACAGGCAUUGUUUCAAAUCCCCAAACACCGGAGAUAUAAGGGGGAUAGACCCUCGUCAACCCCUUUGAGCCUUGGAGAAGGAGUUUCCUUUUCUAAUCAUAAAAACCCUUAUUUUAACCUUGGGGCAGGGUAGUGUUCAUUUAACUUGAUCGAGUGUUCAGAACUCACCAAAAAGGUAUGAAUCUAAGGAUACAACAAGGGUUAUCCUUCAAAGGGCUGAGGAAUGUCAAAACCGCAAUGAUUAUCCUUAUUCCAUCAAGAGGUUAAAAGAGGACGAUGCCACAAUGGUUAUCCCUCAUCAAUCAGAGAAUGAGGCAGUCACAAUAUUUCAAACAAAUCGAGAGCAACGCAAGAUCACACGACUUGUUCAAAAAGUGAAUAAAAAAAAAAAGAGAAAGCCCGCUAAGUCAGAAACUUGAAAUAAGUGACUUAGGCAAAAGUUAGGGCAUCCCGCUGGACUCCAAAAUAAAAUUCAAGAGAAUUUGUCCAGGCAAAAGUUAGGGAAAGCAGAAGCGAAAAACAAGAAUUACAAAAUAAAAAUCCUCAUCAAAGGAACAAAGUCGUGUGAUGAUCAAUCAGAAGAAUAGGAAAGUGAGUGACUGCCAUGUCCGAAAAACCUCAUUGAUUCCUCAACCAUCCCAAAUUCCUUGUGAGGAAUGAACACUCGUGUCGAGUUAAUGGAACCUAGGAAUGGAGAACAUCACGAAGGGGGUGGGUACAAAUAAUUUUGAGCCUAAAAAUCUUUUGUUUUCUAAAAACCGUGAACCCGGCCAAGUUACAACCCUUAAAAGUCCUAAUUGAAGUAGGGUUUAUUUCGAAAGCACACUCCGAUGAGAUAGCGUUUAACUGACUCCCAAUGAAGCGAGACUCAUAUCCAUGUUGGUAUCGUACGUUUGCUUUAUCUUCCACAUGCAAAAAUCGAGGUUGUGUCAACUAGUGAUCCAUUCACAAGAGGUCGCAACCUCAUUUCAAUAAAAAAGUUUCUUUAAACUUCAAGACUAACGUACACUUUGCAUUAGAAUUAUAAUUCCUAGAAUUAACAUUCUUUUGCAUACAAAACAUCUGCUUAAACAUCAAAAAAUUUCAAGAUGAGAAUCAGUGAGUAACUUGAUCAUGUCAAAGUACAAGAGACUUGAGAACCCCGAGGGGGAAAAGCUAAUCAUCUCAAAUGUUGACCAUCAAGGGGCAAGUUAUCCAAAGAACUUCGUUGGGCAUGAAUAGUUAAUGUUUUCCUUGAUUACCUUGAAGGGAAGAGUUUGAAGACUCCGUUGAGCGUGGUAAAGUUGUUUCCAUGUUUGUUUAACUUCAAAACAAUGAAGGCUUGAGGAUUCUAGUAAGAUGUACCUAAUCAGGGGCAAUUGAAUCGAGGUUUGACCUCUCAAAUUCAGCAUAUCUGGGACAAUCAUGCCGAUAAAUCUCUUCAAGCUUUGACCAAUCUGGGGCAAUCAAGUCGAGGAAUCUCUCUCAAAUUCAACUAAUCAGGGGCAAUCAAGUCGAGGAAUCUCUCUUGAGUUCAACCAAUCUGGAGCAGUUACGUCGAGAUUUAACAAAUCUCUCCAAGGAUCCACUGGGGCAACUUCCUUCAUGGGCCAUGAAACUUGGGGCACGAUCUUCUGAGUUUUAGUGUCCUCUCCCUAAUCAUAGGAGUUUACUUCUCCUGGAACCUUGGUCUCUCCCCAAGCAUGGAGUUUAUUUCUCCCGAGAGUUUGUUCCAUUCCUCAGGCAUAGGAGUUUAUUUCUCAUAGGAGUUGUCCUACUUCCCUAACCAAGGCUCCUUAUUUGGAUUUCUCAUUCCCAACAUGGUGAAUCGAGGGAAUCUCCUUAAGCUGAAGAUCCUCCAAGCAGUGGCACAUGGUGAGAAGUCAGAAAUCAUUCUUCAAGUCAAAGAAAAGUGCAUCUUACAAAUCAAAGUCCAAUGCCUAUUGGCACCUCCACAUGGUCCUUAACACUAAGGGGAUUCUCCCUGGUGUUUACCUCACCAAUGCCUUCAUUUGGCAUCCUGCAUAUAGUGUUCACUGCAUAUAACAUUGCAUCCUCAAAAGCGUAGCAUAUCCGUCAAAGCGGAUCAUUACGCCUUAGAAAAAUUCAAACAUGCAUACAAAGCAUAAGCCAGAUAAUACAAAUCACCACUCAAUCAAGACGACCAUACUUCCCCACAUAAAAGUUGUCCUUACAAAUUCCGAUUGAUAUCUGCUACUACAUUUCAAAUCUCUUCCAACCACGGUGCCGAUGCGAGGUAUCUUCAAUCUCUGAUGAGUGUCUGACACAAUGUCUUCUUUUGUCCCUCGAUGUCGAGUCGAUGUUGAGUCUUAGAUCGCCACGAGAUCUUAUUCCUUUCCAAAGUGUGGAAAAUCGCACGAGAUUUUCUUUCGAUGUUGAGUCAUAGAUCGCCACGAGAUCUUAUUCCUUUCCAAAGUGUGGAAAA